AUGUGUCAAAAACGAGAGGAGUGGUACGAGGUUUCCGAGAAGCUUUUGAAGCUAGUGGUUAAGUCGAAGGAAGUUGUUAAGGCUACCGGGGAUUUUACUGAGGGUAGACUUGUUCAUGUUAAUCCGAUUGAUUUGGCGGAGAAUUCAUCAAAAGGUAGUCGAAGGGAGGUGGCAAAGCCAGCAGAAGAAGGUGGAAAAUAUGCGGAUAUCGUAUAG